AUGUUGUUUCAAAUAGUUGCUAUAUUGUUGCUACCGGCUCUUCCUACUUGUUUAGCAGCAGUAGCUGGAGCUGGCCAGGCAGCCGCAUUGGCUGUUCCCGUGGCACCUGCUGCUGCAUUCACAUGUACGGGAACCUCGUUCGCCACCGGUUGUACUGAUUGCAAAACGCUGAAAAUCUGCCUCGGCACUCAGACGCUAGUUGACCUAAGCUGCGACACCAUUCCGGCGACACCAUUUUGUACCGAUGGAAGCUGUUCGGCAACGCCUAGCGUUAGCGAUAUCUGUCCUGUUACAGCGAUAUCCUGCACCGGCGUAGGACUCUAUCCGGAUCCUUUAAACUGUCAGGUGUAUCACAACUGUGUGCAAGCCGGCACCAGCAACUCGGAUCCGUACGUUUGCCCGACGGAUUACGUCUUCGAUGCCGCAACGGGGGUUUGCAAACAGAAAAGAACGGCAGCCGAUUGCGUCCAGGUGCAGUGUCCUACGGGUGGAGUCGGAUUCGGAACCUACGGCACCAGCAAGACGUACUACGCCUUUUGCUACAAGCAAGCUACCACCAACGUUCAAGUGAUCGCUCUUCUUAAGUGCUCGGACGGAGCAACUUUCGACGGUAGCAAAUGUGUGUAUCAGUGCAAAAAAGAGGGUAGCUUCCCGAACACAGCAGAUCCGAGCAGCUACUAUCAGUGCUACAUGGUUUCAGGGAAAUUUAAAGUGGACCUGAAAACCUGUCCAACCGGAAAGAAGUUUGAUAGUACCAAAAAUGCUUGUGUUUGA